ACUAUUGUCUCUACAUGAUUUAUUUUCAAAAAGAAAUAAUGCAAGGAAAAGGAAUUUACAUUUGUCUGAACAUAAUGAGAUCGAUGUCCUGUGCAGAAUUCUAAUCAUUUUUGCAGGAGUGGACAUUACUUGAUCACAAUUUCAUACUACUAUAUCAAUUUGCAAAUAUGGCCUUGUGCCUAUGCCAUAAAUAAUCUGAGAUUAGCCCCCAUCCUCGACUCUACUCUACAUGGGCGACAAGUUGGCAUGCAGCGCUAACAACAAGUGUAAGGCCAAGAUGCAGCAAUGUACUUAUCAGAGAUCAAAUCAGAGUGUGUUGCCAUACCACACCGUGCAUGCACGUCUUUUGACUGGAGAGAUCAAAUCAGCCUUUCCAGCCAUCACCUACAGAUUAACCCAGGCAUUGCAACAGACUAAUUUUACCAUCAGUUCACAAGCUUCAAUCCCAAAUUAACUGUUAAUCCAAGAAGAUUGGAGUAUGAGAAUGGAGUCUCUAAACAAAUAUGAACACGUUCAAAACCAGAAGGACUACAGAAAGACGGACAAUUACAAAUGCUGAAUAUGUCUGUCCACAAGGAGCCAAUUCCCCUUUUGAAUCAUUCUUAUUUUCUUGUCCACAUGGUCAUGUCCAAGAAAAUAAAAUAUAACUGGAAACAUCACAUUUUACAAUAUAGGACAAUGUAUUGUAACCGAGCAGUCAACAAAACACACAUCAGAUCUGCACUUUUUUUUUUUGGCAUCGGAGACAUCUGGUUCUGCUUGAAAAUGUGAUGUGCCACUUUCACAGGAAAUAAUUAAAAAAAAGGUGGUUGCUUCACAACAAGUUUGAUUCUAGUUGUGUAAUCCUAUAUCCAAGAGACAGGAAAUGCAAGAAGCAGAACUCAUCAUGAGAUGCCGAAAAUCAAACAGAUCAUGUGCUACCUAGACCAGCACAAGAUUUCAAUGAAAUUUUCAGAGAGAAUUUCUUAGCCUAGACAAUUUGGGCAAAUUGCAUCUCAGCCCGGAUAUCUACAUCUCAGGGGGCGGCCACUCUACAAACUUCUUAUCAUUAGGAUAUAAUCAAAAGUCAAGCAGGAACUCACAGACACAAAUGGAGCCAGUUUCAGGUGGCCCUCAGUCACAUGUCUCUUGAAACAGGUCAGUAUGGGAGCAAUUCACAAUGUCCAAGCACCCAAGACUACGCUGCUAGUAUCGAUAGUCUCAGAGGAAUCAAAUCAAGACCACAAUCACAUUGCAUGCCCAUACACUCUGCAGCAUCUUCUUGGCUCUGUCCGUUGCCAGCUUGUGCAUCUUCUGACUACUUGGCUCUGUCCGUUGCCAACUUGUCAUGAUAGCUUGGUAGCUGCACAUGCACUGCAUUGCAUUGUUCUCUUCUCUUCCUCCUCACCUAUAAAUCUAUCAGCUUACCAUCUUCAUCACUUCAUCCACAAACCAAGCACUACCACAGCACAUAGCUGCUACAAAAGUUUCUCUGAACUUUCAGCGAAGAGAAGAGGAGAAGCAGUCAUGGUCAGUGCCAAGAGGCUUGCCCAACUGGCAAACAAGUGGCAGAGAAUGGUGGCUAUUGGGAGGAAGAGGAUCACCCAGACUACAACGGCGAAAAGAGCGGCCGCCGAGUGCCGCACGGUGACCUCAGUAGCGGUGAAGGGACACUGCAUGGUAUACACCUCCGAUGGCAGCCGGUUUGAGGUGCCAGUGGAGUACCUCAGCACAGCGGUCUUCAGUGAGCUGCUGAGGAUGUCUCAAGAGGAAUUUGGAUUCGAGGGCGGAGAUAAUGGUCGCAUCACGCUGCCCUGUGAUACUGCAGUCAUGGAAUACGCCAUGUGUUUGCUCAGGAGAGAUGCCUCCAUGGAGGUAGUGAUGGCGUUCCUGAGCUCCAUUGCAAGACCGUGCUGCUUUGAUGGUGAUGUGGUGGUGCCAUGCGUAGGGCUUAACCAUUAUGUAGGUGUUUGUUAGCUUCUGAAGAAUGUCAGCAAGCUAGGAUCCUUGUUCUAGGCACUAUUGUUUGUUCAAUGGAAGAUGUAAAUAUGAAGUUAGAAGAUUAGAAAUGGAACAAAGUUUUGUGAUGGAAUUUGCAAAAUGUUCAGUUUAAAUGUCUGCUUUGGAGUGUGAAUGCAGCGAUAAAGCUUCAGUAACACAAUUAUAGUUGUGUUUUAACAAACCUAGUAAAUGUGUACACUUUGAAACUACUAACACUAAUGCAUGCUGCUAUUUUUGAAAAAUCCUAAUCAAGUCUCGCACAUGUUUUUCUUGAAGAAUGAGGCAGGUGCUUUGACUUUACAAGCAAACGCUCAUACAUUCAGGUAUGCAUGCAUAUGAGUUAGCAGCUUAGAAUUACCUCCUCCGUCCCAACAAUAUAAGAGUGUUUUUCAAGCUAUGUUAGCUUGAAUGCUCUUAUACUGUGGGACGGAGGGGGUACAUUUCAUUUAACCGCAAGUUCAGCUGAAUAAUUAAUGAACAGCUGCCGAAUUAGUAACAGUAUGAAAACUACUCCCUCCGUUCCUAAAUAUAAGUCUUUUAAGAGAUUUCACUAAGUGACUACAUACGGA